AUACUGUAUACAUGGCAAAGAACAUAACAUUUCUUCAGACAGUUUUAAUGUUCUUACUACACGGUUGCAUAUUGGCUGAAGGCGGUGAUACAAGAGCAAGUUGCCGAACAGCCCCAGCAGAUUUAGUUUUCAUCUUGGAUGGCUCCUAUAGCGUUGGCCCAGAAAACUUUGAAAUAAUCAAAAGAUGGCUGUUCAAUAUUACAAAUAAUUUUAACAUAGGACCAAAAUUUAUUCAGGUUGGAGUAGUACAGUACAGUGAUUAUCCUGUACUUGAAAUUCCUCUGGGCUUUUAUGAUUCCAAUGAGAAUCUAAUCAGAGAAAUGGCAUAUGUACAGUAUUUGGGUGGAAAUACAAAAACAGGCAAAGCCAUUCAAUUUGCAAUGGACCAUCUAUUUGCUAAAUCAGAAAGAUUCCUUACAAGAAUUGCAAUUGUUCUAACUGAUGGCAAGUCCCAAGAUGAAGUCAAAGAGAUUGCUGCUGAAGCCAGGAGAAAUAGGAUCACAUUGUUUGCCAUUGGUGUUGGUUCUGAAACCGAAGAGGAUGAACUGAAAGCAAUUGCCAACAAACCCGCUUCCACAUACGUGUUCCACGUUGAAGAUUAUAUGGCAAUAUCCAGAAUAAGGGAAGUAAUAAAGCAGAAACUCUGUGAAGAAUCAGUUUGUCCAACAAGAAUUCCUGUGGCAUCUCGGGACGAAAAAGGAUUUGAUAUCCUGUUAGGCUUAGAUGUGAAAAAAAAGGUGAAGAAAAGAAUUCAGAUUCCAACCACUAAUGUAAAAGCUUAUGAAAUCACUUCCCGGAUUGAUUUAUCAGAAUUGACAAGAAAUGUAUUUCCAGAAGGCCUUCCUCCAUCAUAUGUAUUUGUAUCUACACAGCGAUUUAAAGUAAAAAAAACAUGGGAUUUGUGGAGGAUUCUAAGCCAAGAUGGAACACCACAAAUAGCUGUUACUGUAAUCGGAGAAAAGAAAACAUUAUCCUUUACUACAACAAACCUAGUCAAUGGCAAUCAGGUUGUUACUUUUACUGCACCCCGUGUAAAGACGUUGUUUGAUCAAGGCUGGCAUCAAAUUCGUCUCUUAGUAACUGAAGCUGAUGUAACAUUGUACAUAGAUGAUCAAGAAACUGAAACGAAGCCAUUGCAUCCUGUUGCAGGAAUCUAUAUUAGUGGAGUGACUCAAAUAGGAAAAUAUACAGGGAAAGAAGAGACUGUGCAGUUUGAUGUCCAAAAGCUAAGGAUUUAUUGCAGCCCAGAACAAAACAGCCGUGAAACAGCCUGUGAGAUACCUGGCGUUAAUGGAGAGUGCAAGAAUGGACCCAGCGAUGUAGGAUCUACACCACCUCCUUGUAUUUGUCCUCCAGGAAAACAAGGACCCCCAGGCCCCAAAGGUGAUUCAGGACAACCUGGGAAUCAUGGCUUCCCUGGAGAACCUGGUCCAGAUGGUAAGCCUGGUUAUCAAGGAGUAGCAGGUACUCCAGGAUCACCAGGGAUUCAAGGUCCACGUGGCCUGCCAGGUGUGAAAGGCGAACCUGGGACAGAUGGGACAAAGGGUGAACGUGGAGUUCCUGGUUUUCCUGGAUUACAUGGAAUGCCAGCAUCUAAGGGGGACAGAGGACCCAAAGGUGAUCAAGGCAUACCAGGAAUUUAUGGGAAAAAGGGUGCAAAAGGAGAAAAAGGUUCUGCAGGAUUUCCUGGAAUACCUGGACGGGUUGGAGAACCUGGGAGGAGUGGGAAGGAUGGCAUACCUGGAACUCCAGGUUUUAAGGGAGAAGUUGGACAACAGGGUUCUACAGGACCAGAAGGAAGACGGGGGAAUCCAGGAAUUCCUGGGAUCCCUGGAAUUCAAGGAAUAAAAGGAGAUAAGGGUGAAAGUGGGCUGCCAGGACAAGAAGGAACAAAAGGAUCGCCAGGGUUACCUGGUCUUCCUGGACUUGAAGGAUCAUCAGGCUUACCUGGAGGGUCAGGUCCUAAGGGCAACAAGGGUGAACAAGGACCACAAGGGAAAUCGGGAAUUCCAGGUAUCAAGGGAGAACAAGGAAGACAGGGUGAUUCAGGUGAACCAGGUUAUCCUGGGAUGCCUGGUCCUCCGGGUUUGAAGGGAGAGAGAGGAAAUCAGGGCGAAAAAGGCAUCCAGGGUCAUAAAGGCGAAGGAGGCAAAACGGGUACUCCAGGCCAUAAGGGAUCUAUGGGAUUAAAAGGAGAUAAAGGAGAGAUAGGUGAGAAAGGAAAUCCCGGCUUCCAUGGCAACCAUGGCCAGAAGGGGGAACCAGGAGUGAAUGGCUUGAUGGGUUCUCCAGGAUCAAGGGGAAUGCAAGGAGAGAGGGGGUUUCCAGGAAUCCCUGGAUCAGAUGGAAAACCUGGAAGAGGUUUUUCAGAAGAAUUUAUUCGGCAAGUUUGUGCAGAUGUGCUGAGAACCCAGUUGCCUACUAUACUUAGGGACAGAAGGUUGCAGCAUUGCGAUCAUUGUCAAUCUCAUGAUACCAUCUCUGGACCUCCUGGUCCACCAGGCCUGACUGGUCCACAAGGUCCUCGAGGUUUUCCUGGUUUGCCAGGAAAUGAUGGCACUCCAGGUCUGGCAGGAAUUCCUGGGCGUCCUGGAUCUCGUGGUAUAAAAG